AUGGCCGCUGAUGGAUGCUAUGGAAGGCACACGUCGCCAGGAUUGCAUCAGUGCCAAGUUGCUGCAAAGCGCCAAAGAACCGACUCACCAUUAGAAAAAAGAUGUGCAGCUUUCUCUCACAUGUUCGGCCUCGUUGCUGACUGGGAGAGCAGGAGGAAAGAAUCCGCGCUCAAGCAAGACCAGAUAUCACGUGAGAAGGAGAGCCCCGCGGUCCCGGCGGAUGACCCGAACCCGCAGAACGGCAGCGCUUUCUACAACGCUGUCAUGACCGUUCACCACUACUCUGUUGGCUCUGUUGAAAGGGAAUUCCAUUCUCACGAGGUGCAGCGUGGCAUCGCGAACCGUUUUCACCGCAAGUUCGGAGAUGACCGGUUCUUAUACAUCACUCUGAAAGUCAAGUCGUCAGAUUCCGAUGACCUGAGCCACGCCGACCUUCUGAGGUAUUUGAAGACUUUUUCAUGGUUGGGUCGCAGGUGGGAGUUGCUGACUUUUAAGGGGAAGAAGCGAGACAGGAUGCAGGAUGAUCAGCAGGAUAUCGAGCAAAAGUAUACGUUCUUUGCAACUUCGCCCUGGGAGAAAGAGCGAGAUGAAGUUUUGAGCAGGUGCCGUGGCUUGCCGAGUAUUUGGAAUGCGGCUCAACAGCACGAGCUUGCUGCAUCAGCCAGCUUUCCAAAAUACACGGCCGAUGAGGCUCGCAGAGAGCUUGUGCCAAUCUAUGCUGAAGCCAAGCUCCUGGCAGAGUCAGCAGCGAAGUACAACAAGCGCUUGUUACUGGGCUUCUCCAGCGCAACAGGAACCAUCGUGUGCAGAGCUGAUAAGAUCCGUGUGGUUCCAGACCUUGUAAGUCAUACCGGUGCAGUGCUGACGGAUGGCUGUGGGCGGAUCGGAAUGAAGCUUGCAGAUCGCAUUGCUAAAUGCCUCGUUCUCCUGGAGAUUCCCGCUGUCUUUCAGAUCCGCAUUGGUCCAGCAAAGGGGCUUCUCCAGGUAGAUUUGGGCUUAGAUGAUCCGGAAUGCCUUUACCUGUCGGAGAGCAUGGUGAAAUGGCUCAUCGAUUGGACUACCUGCUCGGAGGAAGACCGCCGAGUUGAGGCAUUAUUGAUACCGAGUGACGAGUGA